AUGGCAUCAACUAAGAAAUUAAGUCUAACUUUCUAUAUUGAACUAUCUGCCUUAGUUAGUAUUCUACUAGCAAAUAUAUGCAGAGCAGAUGCUGGAUUACAAAUAAUAGACUCGGUUUUGCAAUUUGAGAUUACAACGGAUGCAACACGCAUAAAAAUAAACCCAGAUGGACCUCUUAACUUCCUGCGGGGAUACAUCUACCAAAAGAUGGAUUGCAUGCACAACAAAAGAUUUUUUGCCCCGCAGAUUGACACAGAGUACAGUGCUAGCGAAGACCCAAAGUAUCCAGAUUUUUUUAGAAUAUCCCGAUACAGUCGAGAUAUAAAAAAGGACAAAGCGUACAAAGCACUACCAGAAAAUGAAAUGGAUGUGUUUUCUGAGAAGCUACAUACUCAUCUAAUUAAGCUGUUUCCAUCCCCGACUGGUGACAUAACUAUUGAGACACGAGGAAACCAGUCCUUUAUUCAGUUCCUUCAGGCUGAGACAACAACGGAGCACGCAUUGAAGAUUCUGGCCAUGCUACUUCUUUUCUCAGAGGGUGUGGAUAUUCCCAUUAGAGUCAGCAACAAUGUACUAGAAGUCUAUGAAAAAGAGAAAAAAGACGAAAUAUACUUUAAAGUGCCCAUGGUAAUCUCAUGGCUAAAUAUUAAAGAAGACAAGGUGGAAACAUUCCAGCAGAGCAAGGUUAAGCAAAUGAUCAGCUUCUUCAAGGAGUAUGCAACCAAUCUUGAAGUGUUGAGUUUAAUGGUGGAUAAGUGCUCAAAAGAGGAAGUUAUGUCUGGAAAGUUCCUAGACAGCCCCAAGUUUCUGAUCCAGUAUUAUAUAUUCGAGUUCAUCAACACUGCAGAGCAUGCAAUAGAGUUUAUCCAGACAGUGCACGCAAUGACAGAGAAGUAUGCACCAAAGACAGAAGCACCAAGCAAGGAUGACUGUGUGUAUGACAGACUGUUUAAGCCUGCCAUCGCUGAAGCAGAAGUAGACUGUGCAGCUUUAAUGAAGGACACUCAAGAUAUUCUAAAUACGUAUCUGGCUUUUCCAUUUGCAGACAACACACAGCUCCCUGCAUACAGAUCUGUUCCUUUGUACAACCGAGAAUCAGCUAGCUUUUCCUCAAACUACUUGGAAAACUACAGCAACUGCGUGGAGUGCGUGAUUCUCUCUCUAUUCUGCUGCUUGGCUUAUAAUCCUGAAGAGAGAAUUUAUCAGACAGACCACAUGGGAGACAUCUCUCCAAGCCUCAAAGAAUUUUUCUGUAUGGAUAUGCAGCAAUUCGACACAACGGCGGGUGAGUUCCAGGAGAAGUGGUGCAGAGUUGUUGCUGGUCUAGAAAACGUGAAUAUUGUAUAUCUUAGAGACAAAAACGAGAUAUAUUCUGGUCUUCUGAAUAUUCUUACAGUCAUUGCUGAAAUAGUAAAUGCGCCUGAGGACGAAAAAAACAAAAUAGCAAAUGCUAUAUGUGACCUAUAUAAACAAAAUGGAUAUCUAACCAGUACAUUGCAUGAAAAUAUUAAAGACUACACAGAAAACCUACUUAAACGUCUAUCCAAAACAAAAGAUACAGAAGUAGAGGUUUCUCUUCUGGAUGCCUUUAAAGAUGACUAUCAUGAGAAUUUGUAUGAUAUCUCUGGAGUGAUUACCAUGGUAUUUAAGCAUUAUGGUGUUCUCAACACCAUAACUUUAAAAGUAGGUAAAGAACAUAGUGAAAUCGAGAUGGAACCUACUGUUAUAAAAGUUCAUGAUAACCGACUAGAAAGAAUGAAUAGAAUGGCAGAUACUUAUAGAGAUAGAAAGAAAUUUAUUGAAAAUCUACUUACUAUGUAUGUUGAGUAUGAGGCAAGAAAGAUUGACACCCCUGAGAAUAGCAAUGAGUUUAUGAGGUCUCAGGUAUGCAAAACCAUUGAGAACAACUUCACAGACAUCAAUAGACUGCUGCUAAUGAAGAAAAUUAGCGAUUAUAACUACAAACAGGAUUUAGUUGCCUGUUCUAUCAUAUACAGCAUGGAUCAGAAGCUAUUCCUAAAGCACCCCCUUGUUCGGUUUACUUCCAACAUAAUAGGAAGCACUGAGCUGAAUAGAAUGCUUGUCCAGAUGGAUAUGCUUGCUCCAAUUGUCUUCGCAGAUCUGCAUAAUAAAGAUGGCAAGGUAGGCGCGUACCCAAGGCUGCAAUUUUCAGAGAAUAGAUACAAACAACUUGCAUAUUUCUCAUUUACCAGCUACUUUAUUAAUUAUACGCUGUACAAUGAUGCUGUUUUUAUGGUGUGGAUCAAGUCCUUUAGAUACACAUGCAUGAAAGAUGAAGUUGAGACAAGGUCCCAUCCACUAACAGUUAACAGAUUUAAUAGAAGAAUUUGCCAAUAUAUAUUUAGAAAUGGAGAUAUGAAGCUUUCUAAUAUCAUUGAUAGGUUCAUCACGGAUGCAUAUCCUGCACAGGUAGACGAGGUAACACCCCUGUUGCAUUUUAUCUGGACUGUAUAUCUUUGUGCGGAAGAGAAUCCAAAUGUACAGCUGAUUAAGGCAAACUACGACUAUAUGUGUGACUCCAAGCACAUUUCAAAAGAUUCUGCCUCAUUUGUUCUACUAGAUGAUAUACGUGAGCAGGUUGUUAAAACUCUGAAUGAUCUAAAGGACCACCUGUGCAGAAAUGAAGAUGAUGUCAAUGAGCUUAAUAAGUUUAUACUUAUUAUUCAGAAAAAAGCUUAA